AUGCACCUCACAACCUUCCUCCCGCUCCUCACCCUCCUCACCCCUUCCCUCGCCCUUACAACUCGCUCUCCAAUCGACCCCGUUCCAUCCCCCUGGAACGUAACGCACUACACCGAAGGCUGCUCUCCAGCAGCGUGCGUCUACACAUUCAACAUCUCGCUCUCAAACUCCGGCACAAACGAACCUUCCUUCUCCACAACCUGCACAGGGAACAACCUGACGCCCGAUUUCCAGGCGUGCGAGGACCCGGCGAUAGCGACGCGCGAGGUGAAUGGGUGGAGCAAUGUCACGCUGAUCGUGCAGCAUGUGUAUAUGGAUGGCGAGGCAAGGUUUACGGUGACGGGGAACCAUACGAUUGUGAAUCCGGGGUAUCAGGCGUAUGAUUUUGUGGUUGUGCAGAGUGAGAUUAGUGCUGUUGCGUAG